AUGCCGCAAAGGCUGGGUCUUCUCCUUGUGUUAGCCCUAGCUGUCUUGUUCGAUUUCUAUAGACAGCACUUCCACCUCCUGGCCGCUAGCGCGGCUGUGCAGUGGAUCACCAUGCAGGGCGUCGCUGCAGAAUCGGACUCCGCGCAGCGCGCAAAGCGCGAUCGCCUCCAGCGUGCACGCAAAGCGCGCCGUGCCCGCCGUAUCUCGGAAUGGAUGGACGACCUGCAGGUGAUGGACGACGACGACUUCAUCAACAUGUUCCGCAUAUCGCGAGAGGUGUUGGCGGAGAUUACUCCCGCGAUGGCUCAGCCUAUGAGCCAUUUCGUGGAUCGUUACGGCAUCCCGGUGGAGAUGUGCUGCUUGAUUCCGAUCAAGUAUUUCGCCUCUGCAAUGCCGUACAUAGACAUGGCUAUCUACUUCGGCAUUCCUAAGUCUAUCCUGCACAAGAUUGUCGAUGCUUUUCUCUUGCAUUUCCCACGGCGGUUCAAACGGACGUGGGUACGCAUCCCAACAUAUGACGAGAUGGAGGACAUGGCUGCUGACUUUAAAGCGGUUAGGGGGCUGCCAAACGUCAUAGGCGCUAUUGACGGCACCCACAUCGAGAUCAAGGGAUUGGAGAAUCACCGGCAGGAGUAUUACAACCGCAAAGGCGUCUAUUCCACGCAGCUACAAGUUACAUGUGACAGCAAAGGCUAUAUCUGGGACUAUGUUGUAGGGCAUCCUGGCUCCAUGCACGACCAGGGCGUCUUCCAGCAGUCUCACCUGCAUGCACGACUCGAACGAGCCACGGAGGGUGACAGAAGACACAAACAGCUGGAGGGAGGUGACAGGCAUCGGCCCGCCGUGGUACCACCGGAGCGGCAUGCUUGCAUACAGGUGGCAGUCGGCUGCUUCAGCAACCCAGGCAGGUUAUCGUGCGCGCCGUAA